CAUAUUUUUAUAUCCUCUUCUUAACAAUCUUAACCUUACUUUCCUAAAAAAAUAGCAAGGAAAAUUGAGUAAUUUUGGUUUAGUUUAGUUUCAUAGUUUUCUCCUAAAACAAUCAGUAAAAUGAAUACUUCCAAACUACUACUACUAAAUGUCACGACCCGAGGGCCCCUUUCCUUACUCCAAGUUUGUGGAUUUAAAAAUUACAAACCACCCCCAGACUAUAGCGGUAUUGAAUUUCCAUCUGACCGACCAAAAUUGAGGUUCGUAGACAAGGUUCCGCCUCUGCCGGGUCAUACGAGGCCCCCUAAAAUGCAAAAACGCCUGCGGUAUAUGAGAGGUGAAGAGGAAACUCACAAUUUUUUACUACACAAACAAUUUGGCAUAAUUGCUUUAGGUGGUGGAAGACUAAAAUGGGGCCACUUUGAAAUGAUGAGGUUAACAAUUGGUAGAAAAAUGGACACAAACCGUAUGUUUGCAGUUUGGAGGGUGGACGCCCCAUGGCAGCCAGUAACUAAAAGAGGCCAGGGGCAAAGAUUAGGAGGUGGAAAGGGAGCUAUAGAUCAUUACGUAACUCCUAUUAAAGCACGACGGGUAAUAGUUGAAUUGGGAGGAAAGUGUGAGUUUCAAGAAGUCGAAGCCUUUUUAACGGAUGUAGCAAACAAAUUGCCGUUCAAAGCAAUGGCGGUUUCCCAGCAGAUCCUCGAAGAAAUGAAAGAAACAGAAAAAUGGGAAGAAGAAAAUAACCAAAACCCGUACACUAUGAAAUAUUUAAUACAAAAUAAUAUGGGAGGAUGCCAAAGGUGGGUUUCUCCAUGGGAUUUGAGGCAUUUUUGUAAAUAUGUUUAGAUAAUAAGUAAUAAAAUUGUUAAAUAUUUUAAUGUCAAAGUUCUUUUUGAAAAAAUACACUUUUAGUUCUCUUGUGCGACA